AUUCAAAAAGAUUAAGGAAAAGCGAUAUAAGUCGUCUUUCCAAGUGCAAAAUUGAGUUGGGCGUGCAUGUGUUUAAUACCGCAACGUUAUAGUGCGCUGAAUACCAAGUAAUUGUAGCAACACACAACUUGAGUAACUAGAAAAUAUCUUUGAACUUUUCCAUUGCUACCAGAGAAAUUUUGUAAAAUUUUGUAUAUUAUAAAACUUCUGGACAACCAAUUAACUUGUGACUUUGCUAAUAGAGUUUUUACACUUGUUUAAAAAGAGUAUUUGCAAAAUUCAGGUCAUACAAGCAGAAAAGUAAGCUGUCGAUAGCGUGGAAAGUAAGAAAGUGGAAAACGUGGAGGAAACUAACCGCCAAAGCAAAAGAAACAAUAGUGUCAGUGCCAGUGGAGAGAAAAUCAGGGAAGAAGCAGUAGAAUAAGUGACAACUGCAGUUCGUGGACAAUUGAAGGGAAGAGCACAAGGUGGUGGUGGUGGCGAGCAAUAGCAGCAGCAGCAGCAUCGUUAUUCGCUCGGCAAAGAGUGAAAACACAUUGCGAACAGUUAGCAGUUAGUGUGACAGCAGCGUUUGGGAUCAGUAUAGUCAUUCAUCGGAGGCAAAUUUUGCCUUUCUUGUUGUAAAGGCAGUUUGUUUACAGCCAACCAAGUGGAUAUAAUUGCUUAAAAUAGCGGCAUUUAAAGCAGUUGAUUACUAAAUUUGUACAGCAGCUCUGAACUGCAUUUAGUUGAAUAGCUAUAUUACGUUCUUAUUGAAUCGCUACUGCUUUUUGCCACAACCACAAUGAAUAUGGACGACUACGAAUCAUUGCCCACAACCAGUGUCAGCAUCAAUAUGACGGCCGGAGCAAUUGCGGGCGUAUUGGAACAUUGUGUUAUGUAUCCAUUGGAUUCGGUUAAGACACGAAUGCAAAGUUUAUCGCCAGUCACUUCCAACUAUGACAUCAGCACCACCUUCAAGAAUAUGAUCAAGAAAGAGGGUCUUAUGAGACCCAUACGUGGUGUCUCCGCUGUUGUUGCUGGCGCCGGACCCGCACAUGCGCUGUACUUUGGUUCCUAUGAAAUGACGAAAGAGUUGCUCACUAAGUUCACCACCAACAAUCAUGUCAAUUAUAUGGCGUCCGGCGCUAUAGCGACACUCAUACACGAUGCCGUAUCGAAUCCCACGGAUGUGAUAAAACAACGCAUGCAAAUGUACAAUUCAAAGUAUAGUUCAGUUAUUGGCUGUAUGAAGGAUGUGUAUCGUAAUGAAGGCAUCAAAGCAUUCUACAGAUCAUACUCCACACAGCUGGUGAUGAAUAUACCAUAUCAGACAAUACAUUUCGCCACAUACGAAUUUUUCCAAAAUAUGUUGAAUCACGAACGAAGAUAUAGUCCCGUUGUGCAUAUGGUGGCAGGUGGUGCGGCUGGUGCUACCGCAGCCGCAUUCACAACACCUUUGGAUGUGGUGAAAACGCUGCUAAAUACACAGGAGAAUGGUCUGACCAAGGGUAUGGGUGAAGCAAUUCGACAGAUCUACGCAGUGGCUGGUGUUAAGGGCUUCUUCCGCGGCAUGUUGGCACGCGUCUUAUACUCCAUGCCUGCUACAGCUAUUUGCUGGUCCACAUAUGAGUUCUUCAAAUUCUAUUUGGCCGGCUCGAAUCACAGCACAUACAAGUCAUCGAUAACCGGCAAGAAUGCGUUGCAGCGGCGAGACGAAGUAUCGGGGGAUGGUGAAAAAACAGCCUAUGUGCUGCCAGUGACAACGACCGCUGAUGUGGAGGAGCUACCGACAAGUCCCAAUGCAACAACAACAGCAGCAGCGACGACGCCCAGCGGUAGCGCGGCUGGCACGUCGACAGCUGGUGGUUCGGCGCCAAGUAGUGCCACGGCGAUCAAAAGCGUUUGUGAACUGCCCAGUAAUGUGACAACGUCCGCAUUAAAUCUGCACACAAGGCAUACGGAUGUGAAAAGUACGCGUCCAUUUGAACGAGGAUACUCGAGUCCGUAAUUCAAAGACGAUUACGCAGAUAACAGUACGAGUGUUGGAGAGAGGGGUGCAACAUGAAACGAAGCAAAAAUUAUGUAAUAUACAAACAAACAAAACAAAACAGAAAAAGCAAAUCUACAGUAAUCAAGCGACGACUAAAUAUGAUGCCGGCGUUGAGCGCACGUUAACGGUGGGGAACAACACGCCUACGUUUUGACAACGCUGGCGUCUGAUUGUGUAUAUUUAAUAAUUUUUUGGCGUGUUUUUUUUUUUUAAUGAUUGUUGUUGUGAGGUCUGGUGCGUGCAGCAGUUUGGGCAGUUUUGGGGUGGUGUGUUUAACAGCGUCGACGUGGACCGUCACACUGUGAAUCACCCCAAAUACCUUGCUCCCGACGAAGACUAGACUAUGCGAAGCGAGUAUGUGUGUGCUCACAAGAAGGGUUUCGAAGAAAUGGCAAAAAUUGUUUGUUUGUUUGUGGUGAUGAAUGUGAUACAUGUUAUUUUUUGUUUGUGUGGUAUUUAAGUACCCAUCACCUGCCUGUAGCGCCUACUGCAAAGCAAAAAAAAAAAAAAACAAAAAGCUCAAUAAAGAAAACAAAAACAAAAAAAAAA